GCCCAUCUCACUAGAGCAUGCGAUACCGUCGAGUCGCGAUGCGGGCCGACUACCAUCCAUUCCUCUUCACCCUCAUGACCCUCACAGCAGCCGCAGAGCUCGGGCUCACCGCAUUCCUCAUCAGCGCCGGGAACGAAGCCCGAACAUGGUCCAGCCCGGGCUACCACUCCCUGUCCGUUCCUGCCCGUCCCAAGUGUCGCUCGCGACUGACGGAGAGCCAUUUGCGUUCCAGCCUCAUCCUCAUGUGCUUCUCGUCGGCGUGGACGCUGCUGUUUUCUACGGCGUACGUCCUCUGGAUCGUCGACGGCGCCGUACACAUCCUCGCCCAAGUUGCGAGCUCUGUAAUAUGGCUCCUGCUCACGUCCAUUUUAUGGGGGCUUGGUGCGGGCUUCAUGCAUAAUGCGCGCACGGGUGGCAACUGCGCCGGCCACGCGCCCAUAUCCCGAUGCCGCCAAACGCUCACUGUGGAAGCAUUGGGCUGGACAGAGUUUAGCUUGUGCUGUGUGACGCUCAUCGCAACGCUCCUAUGGAUGCGCUCUGGCCUUGGGAAGAAGAAGUUAACUAGGGAUUCUCGGACGUUUGUAUGACGGAAGGAUUGCAUGGACUUGUGGACGUACGUGGAUGGACCUUGCUCGGAUUCCUCGUUGGGUGUAUGUUAUUUUGGUUGCUCUGAAUGACAAGCUGGACUAGUCAUGCUAUCCCC